CGCACUGUUGUGGAUCGGGAACGUCCAAUAAAAGCCAAAGGCCGUUUUAUUAUUAUAUAUUAUAUAAGAUAGACGACCGCAUGUCGUCGGCGGCGCCUCAUCGUCGUUAUCGUUGUCACUAUACAUUACCAUAAGACAGUAUCAGCAUUAUUAUAAUAAUAUUAUACCUUUAUUAUAUAAGUAAUAAAUUGUAUUAUGUCGUAAAAUAUCGUAAUGUAUUCGUGUGAAAAUAACAAACUAUAAAUAACUCUAAUUAUAAUCAUAAUAAUAUAUUACAAUAUUAUUGUAUCGCGUGUGUGACCGCACCAUGGACCAAGACGAACCGUGUCUGGCGCCACAACUGUGCAUCCGUUGCCGGUCGUACGACCUCAGCCGACAUGUCGCGGUCGUGUCCAACGCGGACCCGUGCACGUGCACAGACGACGAGACGUGUCCGCACAAUAAGAAGACCACCGCGCUGCAGCUGCUAAUCCUCAAAAAAAAAAAGAUAAGUUUGCAGCAUCAGCAAGCAUCGUCGACAAUGAACGAAGCAGACAAGACGAUUGGCCGUGGUUUGGAAUCGGACGAAGAUGAUGACGACGACUGCUCCUCUUCUUCGUCGAGUAGCACUACGUCCUGCUCAUCCUGCAGCAGUGGUGAUACUACUACGUCAGAAUCUGAAGAAAACGAUUCGAUUACCUACACUUUUGCGGACUCGUCGCAAUAAUACGAUUUUUUUGUAACACUUUGCUUCUCUUUUUGCUGUUGUGACUACCCCUGCUUCUAUUGCUGCUGCUACUGUUGUCGCUACUGUUGCCGCUGCUACUGCUACUGCUACUGCUACUACUACUGCUGCUGCUGCUGCUGCUACUAUUACUGCUACUAUUGCUACUGUCACUAUCGGUGUCGCUGUCAUCGCUGCUGCUACCGCUGCUGGAAGAACCGUCACUAUCGCUAUCCGAGUCCCAUUUUGCACUUUUCUUUUUCCGUUUCGCAUCUUUUAGUUUUUUCUUCGAUUUCUCUUCUUUUGUGGACCUACAAAAAUAUCGUUAUUGGGUUAGACAAUAUACACAUAUACCGCUGUUGUGUAGUAGCCAGGAGGAUUGUGAUAGAUGCGGCCCUCUCCGAAAUGUUAAGAAAACUUAAAAAUGCUUAAAAUGUUCUGUAAAUGUAUAUUAUAUUUAAAUAUACUAGAUAAUGUACGACGCGAUCAUAAUAUUGAAACUAUAAUUUGCAUAAAAAUGUCUGCAGUAAGUCUAAAAUAUUAUAUAUUAGGUACCUAUCCAUAACGACAUCAGUAUACCAAACUUAUAAGAGAUCCUGGGUUAAGCCUAUCCUUUACGAGUUAUCGGUUCUUUUUUUCUAACGCCAUAUCCUGGCUAAACCACAUGUAUAUACUACACUAUAUAUUGAUUCCUAGUUUCAUUUGGAAAUUUGAUCGAAAAAUCAAAAAACAUUGAAUACGAACUGUAGUGUCACUAAUAAAAUAUUCAUAAAUCACUAUAUUGAAUACUGUAUACAUAAUAUAAUUGAAUGUAUAAAAAUUUUUUUUUAUCACAUACUUGGAUAAGAUUUGACUGGCAGGCCUGUCUUUGUUCAAAUUCCUUUUGAGCAACGUCGUACGAGUUGGGCGGUCCGCAAAUUUUCUCUUUCCCUUGCAUUCGUAAGUCCAAUGACCAAAUUCCAGGCACUUUUGGCAGCGGAUACCUUGUGGAGGUACAUAGCUUCUACAUACACGUAAAAAUGAGUUUUAUUAAUAUUUGCGUAUUUUGGGUACAAUGAAUUUCACUACAGUAUAGUUGUAGACAGUAUAUUAUAUUUAUUAUAUGCUUACGGUUUUUUUUUUGUUAUAUGAAGUGGCGCCAUUAUCUUGCGCGGAUCUCUUGUUUAAUCGACUACGCGAUAUGAAUCUGCAGACUGUAAACAAGCAAAUUAUAUUAUUAUUAAACAUGUAAUUAUUCGAACAUGCGUACAUGACUUAUAUAAUAAACAUCAUAGGCAUUCAUUAAUACUAUAGUCAAAAUAAUUAUAUAUUUUGGAAACUUUUAACAUUACAUAGAACGUAAAUCUUCAUAAA